CGGGGAUGCGUUGCCUGGGGUUACUAGAGGAGUCACGUGAUAGCGGAAGUAGCCGGCUCCUGUGCGAAGAGCUGAGGUGGGAGGGGCGGAGGGCACGUGGAGUGAUGCGGUGACGUCACGGGGGCUAUUCAGCAGUUGCAGUUGCCGGUGCCACCAUGCUGCGGAGCUGUGCCAGGCUCAUCUAUAAGGGCAUCGCCCUCCCCAGACAGCAGCAGAACCUGCACUCACUUCCCUGCUCUUAUACAGCCCCGAAGUUCUACUCUCAAGAGGCGCCGAGAGAUUAUGGGGUCCCCAACACAACCUGGAGCAAGAACCUGCUGGAUCUGUACAACAAGUACAUGGAGGGGAGCAAAUCCGGCACCUGGAAAAGGAUCCCCUCCUAUAACGCUACUGUGCAUUACAUAAAAGGGGUCCCUCCAGUCCGCAAUAGAGAAAAGAGACUCUUCACACGGAACCUGGACCAGGACGGAGUGGGCUUUGAGUACUGCAUGUUCUAUAACAAGGCCGAGAGGAGGAUGGUUUGUCUCUUCCAGCCUGGGCCCUACUUAGAAGGACCCCCGGGUUUCACCCACGGAGGCUGCAUAGCAACCAUGAUCGACAGCACAACUGGCGCCGGGGCGGUCUACCUGUGUGGCGGCGUCAUGACGGCCAAUUUAACUGUCGACUACAAGAACCCUAUCCCCUUGGGGUGUGUCGUGAUCAUCGAUAGCAAAGUGGAGAAAAUCGAGGGCAGGAAAGUGUUCACCAGCUGUCAGAUCCGUAGCCAUGACGACUCCAUGCUGCACACUGAGGCCACAGCUCUGUUUAUCAAGCUGUGCCCGUGAGAUCACGUGUUUGUACAGCGGCCAAUGAGAGACCAGUCCGAGCAUCGCAUCCCCCCGAUAAUUAAAGAGACCAAGUGCAUGCUGCUGCCUCCUGCUUCAUCAGUAUAAAGCCUGAACCAUUGUAGACUUGUAGCCACCUCCUGUACUCUAUAGGCCAUGCCUGUAAGUGGGCAAUGCUGGGCGUUAUACUUAUAGUAAUACCGUGGGUUUAUUGCUGAGCUGUUACAUUCCUGAAUGGGGGAGGGGUUGAAUUAAGUGGGGGUAUCACCUGUAACCCUUAACUGGGUGUGGGAUUUACCCUCAGAGCGGAAGAACAAAGAACUCUGCAUAUUGUUUUACUGAGGCCACUUACCCUUUAAUGCACCCCCUGUUCCUACUGUGAGCACAUUGAGAACUCGCCGUAUCCCCUCUGCUCUAGGACUCAUAAGCUCCGCCUCUCCCUGGGCACCGGCCUGCCCGUUCUAUACCAGCACAAUUACUGGACAUUGUUUUAUAGACUGUAUUUAUUAUUUAUUUCUCUCGGGCCACACACAGUAUUUCAUCAGAACCAGAACAAUGGACUUUUGUAUCUCUUUGCAUUGGCACAGGGCAAGCAAUAAACCCAAUUCAUUAAGUA